CUUCAUUUUUUUCUUGUUUUCCGUGGGGUUUUCAUCUUUAUUUCCAUUUUUUUUUUCUGGGUUUUGUUUAUCUAAGCCAGGAGAGGGUCUGUUUUUCUGAACGCUUCAAGCCAAUCUCUUCUCUAUAGUUCAAAAAGAGGCAACUUUUUAGUCCCUCUUUCUCUAUUAUCUUCUUCUCCUCUGUCUCUCUGGUUUUUAUUCUGAACCUCAUCCAUGGCCGCAGCUAUAGAUUUGUAUAAUACCAGAGCAGCCAUUUCCUCAAGAACGGAGCUUAUGGAAGCACGAACCUUUUAUCAAAUCUGCUUCCUCCUCCUCUCUUACUCCUAUAAAAAACAUCUCCUUUAAACCCUCCUCCGUUUCUCUUUCACCUCUUCCCUACUCCUCUGCUAGCUACUUUGAUCCUCCUACUCCCCAAAAUCCCAUCUUUGAUUACUGUCCCACCUCCAUCUCAAACCCUGAGAUCAGCCAUGGAUUGCUGACCUCCAAUCAGCCCAUCCGUCUCAAUCACCUCGGAACCUCCCAACUCCAGCAGAUUCAGACCCAGCUCCAACUCCACCAUCAACGCAAUCUACUCUCCCUUCGACCGCAGACCAUGAAACUCUCCGGCGGCUGCGCCGCCAUCUCGCCGGCAAAGACAACAAAGCUCUACCGCGGUGUGCGGCAGCGCCACUGGGGCAAGUGGGUUGCCGAAAUCCGUCUCCCUAAAAAUCGCACUCGCCUCUGGCUCGGUACUUUCGACACAGCAGAACAAGCUGCCAUGGCGUACGAUAAGGCCGCCUACCGUCUUCGCGGCGAAUUCGCUCAUCUUAACUUCCCCAAUAUCCGUCAGGAUGUUGCUGGCGUUGAGCUCCAGUCUUCAGUUGAUGCAAAGCUUGAGGUUAUUUGUAAUAAGAUGGGGAGCUCGCUGAAACAGGAGAGUUAUGCUCCUGCGAUGAAUUUUUCCCUGUUUUGGAAAAUGCUUCAGUUGAUGUCAGGAUGUUGCUGGCGGUGAGCCGGCGGAUUGGAUGAUAACAAAUCGGAACUGUCUUCGGAAGGGGAAGAAUCUUCCCCUGUUUUGGAAAUGGAGACUUUGGAUUUUACGGGAGCUCAUGGGAUGAAUCUUAGAGAUCUUUGUUGACCCAGUUUCCUUCAUGGGAGAUCGAUUGGGAUUCUAUACUGCCUUGGGCUUCCUUUGAAAGAGCAGUAGUUCAAUCUGAAACAGUAAAUUUUGAGAGGCGAUCGUCUACUACUCAUAUGUUUGGUUUGAUCUAUGUUUAUAUUUUGGUUUUGUUUUAUGAAAUUUUAAACAUUUGCAGGGCUGAUUUGUAAUGUUUAGUGAGAUGUUUCUGGUUUGGUGGGGUU